AUGGAUGUUGUUGAUCUCACCGACGUCACAGCACCUACGUCCUACCCACCUGCCAUCGACGUUGAUCAUUUUGGCACUCAAGAGGAACAGGCUUCCUUGCCAGCUCACCGACCUGAAACAGUCGUGCAAGGCAGUCUUGCAUCGGCAUCGCCACAAGGGGGAUCUGAUGCCUUGCUUAAAGAAGGUGCUACACAUUUCACCCUACCCGAUUUUCUAGAGCCAAUACCGACGUCCUUGUUGCCGGAAGAUCUUGGGUAUCUUCACAAAAAGGGCUGCUUUGAUAUACCAGCUCCCAAGUUCCGCGACGCCCUCUUUCGAAGUUAUGCUGAAUUUUUCCACCCAUAUAUGCCGCUUCUAGACUUGGGUAGAUUUCUUAAAGUGGUUACUUCACAAGUGCCCCAGAAUUCCCGUGUCAGUCUUUUGCUUUUUCAAGCCAUCAUGUUUGCCGGCAGCGCCCACGUUGAUAUAAAGCCUUUACGCAUGCUGGGGUUUCUGACCAGGAAAGCUGCUAGAAGAGCCUUGUACCUGAAAACGAAAACGCUGUAUGACUUGGACUACGAGAAGGACAGGCUUUGUGUCAUAAGAGUCCUCAUCAUCAUGUCGCAUUGGUACGAAACUCCGGAUGACCAGAAAGAUGCUUGCCACUGGUUACAGAUUGCCAUAUCCCUGAGCAGACGUGCCGGUCUAGAUCAAGACCCAGCAAAUAUGCCUAUUCCUGAAGCCGAGCGACGAAUAAGGAGACGUAUCUGGUGGUCAUGUGUGAACAGAGACCCUUUAUGCGCACUUGGUCUGAAGUCACGGCUCAGUCUUCAUCCGCGAGAUCACGAUGUGCCGGACUUGCGAGUUGAUGACUUUGAACUGGGAGAUGUUCCUCCGGACGGAUUCGAACGCGUCGGAAUGGCUUGGCCACCUGGUAAGAGACGCUUGUUAUGCCUGGGGUCCGUCUGGCAAACACAACUUCACAAGCAUCUUUCCGACAUCCUCGGUGAACAGUAUAAACUUGGAGACUACCGAAGUGCGUCACAGAAAGCAGACUCUAAGUCAACAAAGAUGAUACUUCUUCCUGUGGCCAAUGAAGCAACUCGAUUGAACCUAGAGAAAUUGGAGACUCGUCUUCAAUCAUGGUACAGUUCUCUUCCAUCAGAGCUUCAGACAGCUGCUGUAGGCUCAGAAAUACCUGACUCCGGGUUCGAAUCAUUUGUGGUCUUCCGUACAGCUCUGCAUAUGCUUUACCACACCUGUCGCAUCACAUUGCAUCGACCUUGGGUCCGGUCACCACAAAAUAUUGAGCCGACAAAUGGAAGUGAAACAGAGGGCGACCUUCGCGGAACACUACAGGCAUCGGUCAGAAGAUCAGCGCAAGCUAUCACUAACUUAGCGAUGGAGCUACAUCAGAUCGACCUCGUACGUCAUCUACCGCAGACAGGCAUCAGCGCGCUUGUUGCUGCAGUUGUCAGCCAUAUAUCCGACAUGCUCGCUUCUUCCGAUGAUGUCCAAAGAGCUGGGCUGAAAGGCUUCGAGCAGUGCUCACAUCUGCUGAACGAACUCCGCGAAAAUUACUACUCUGCGGACUUCUCGGCCGAUUUUGUCAAAUUACUGGCUCAGGCUAGGAAACUGACAGAUAAAUCGAAACUCGCUGAGACAAGCCUCAACUUCGUUGGGGAAGUUCUGGACAAUCAAGUCUCGGCUCAGUCUGGCUUUGCAGCACUACAUAUGGAACCACAGAGCACUGAUCCGGAAUUCACUGCUCCCCCUGUGCUAAGACCUCUACCAGAAGCUCUGUUCCCCGAAGGUAUCAAUUUAUCAAGUCACGAGGCAAAUAAUCAGAACAGCCAGUGGAGCUUAAUCGGCGAAUUUGAUAGCACCGUGGAUGCUCACCAAGCAAUAAUUCCUUCAGAAUUUACUGAAGACUGGGAUAGUUAUCGCAACUUCAGGGACGAAACAGUGAGACUCCUAGGGGAUAUCUAUGAGGAUUUCCUACCUGGUCAAUUUGGGACACUACCUGAAAUCGAUGCUUUAUCGGGCUGA